AAGCUCUCCUCCACCCUCUAACUGUGCAGUUUCCUACUGAUUUAAUAGACAAUACACAGCCAAGAAUGAGCUCUAGCCAUAAAGCUUUUAUGAGGUUUCUGCCAUAUCUCAGUUCUUAUCUGCCAACGUCACUCUGCAGAUGGGUCUAUGGCAGUAACUAUCCAUCCAUAAAAGGACAAGACAAACCACUGGGCUGUUUACUUAUGCCGAAUAUUUUUUUAACAAAUCAACAAUGUCUUUUUCUGCAAACACAGAAGAUGUGAGGGAAGAAGUGAGCAAAUGAAGCACAUUCUGAGCCUUACAAUGGGCUAGUUAUUCAAUGGCCAUACAAAUCACUGUUAACUCAGCUAGAAGCAAUCAAAUCCUGUCAACCUUCCAAAACAGUGCUGUCAUUUGUUGGACAAAUGUCCAAGCAAGUGAAACAUCAUAAAUAAGAAGACACUUUGCAUGCUGAAACAGGGCAAAGUCCACCUCGAACCAGCCAUCACAGAGAAACAGGCCCCUCCCACUCCAUUCUACCUCUCCUCCCUUCUUUUCAGCAUCAAGGCUUAUAUAUUGCUGUGGAUGAUUAGUGAGAAAGGUAGAAUAUAGCUGAUCGUCUCAUGAGAACAAGCUUGAAAUCGGGAGAAGAUUCUGCCUCUUCUUUGCAGUUCUGGAAUGCAUGAAGCAGAAAAGGAAUAAUGGUUCUGAAGAGGUUUUAAAUUGAUGGAAUAAAGGAGGUCACACCAGGGCACUUAGCAUCAAGUAAAAUCGACCGUUCUUAAUGCAGCCUGGCAGAAGCCUGUCCUCAGCCUUGGACAGCUGUGCUCUGCAAGGUUGCCUGGUUUCAAACAAUCAAUACCAACUAACAGUGAGCUACCAGCUGGAUUCAGAGAGAUUUUUGAGCAUCUGGUGAUCCAUGAAGUGUCUACCUUUAAUGGCUCAAAUGGAGAUAAGUGAGGUUAUUUUCUUCUGAAAGUGUAAAAUGGAUUGAACGAACCUUCUGAAGACCUUGAAAAAGAUUUUUCUUCCCAACAAAGUUUUUUUUUUUGGUAACUUUGCUACUUUUGCUCAUGGAUUUGAAAUUCCUGAAAACAUGAAGGUGACGGAAAAGCACCAACUUGAUUCAAAUCCUUGCUGUCACUGAGAGGCAAUCUCCGAGGACCAAACAGGUGUUAAUGCAAAGCGUGAUUGUCCCCCAUCCCCCCAAGUCAGACAACUCUCAGCCGCUAAACGCAAGCAAAUGCACAGUGCCAUUAUGUUAGUGUCGCUUCUCCAAUUAGUGCUGCAGAAUGUGGUGGUGGGGGGUGAUAAGACUUUAAAAGGGAUAGUCAUUAACGCUGAGCUCUAACGGCAGGAGGUGCGUCAGCCCCAGCAAGAGCAUGCUGUCCCUCAUAGCAAUCAUUAUCAGGUUUUCAGUACCCAUUAGUGGGAUUAGCGUCAGCGUAUUGCGAAUGGCUGAAUGGAAGAAAGAACUGAAUGGCAGCUAUAGCCCUGUAAUAAGGGUAGAAUGGGACGUGCAGCAAGCCCUGAUACCCACACUGGACACUUUGAUCAUAGGGGUUGGACUGCUGGGACACUCGCUAGUCAUCUUCAUCCUGGCAGGGAGGAGGCGCAUGAGAGUGUCUCGGUCUCUUCGUGGAACAGACACGCUACUUCUGGCCCUAAGUGCCUCGGAUGUGCUGCUGCUACUCUCUUUGCCUUUCCACACGGCUGCCAUUGCCCUGGGAAAAUGGCCUUUUGGCAACUUUCUGUGCAAGGCCAUCAGUUUUCUUGGAGUAGCCUGCAGCACGGUUAGUGCAUUCACACUGGCAGCGUUAGCAAUAACACGGUAUCUGACAGUGGUACAUCCGUCCUGGGCAUACCGCUCAAGCACGCAGCGUUGGAUACAGGUCUCUGCAGCCCUGCUCUGGGUACCUGCUUUGGCGCUGGCUGCCCCACAAUUUGCCUUCCGUACUGUGGGUACCACCGCUGCAACACACUGCUUUGCCUUUCUGGCUGACCUCAGCCAAAUAGUCUACAGCAUCGCCCUCUUCUUGUUCAGCUUUGCCCUGCCUCUAGUGGUCAUCAUCCUCAUGUACGCCAAACUCUACAAGUUUCUGCACAGGGACAGGCAGGGACAUGCUUCGCAGCUGGAACGAUACCAGAAGCAGGUGACCCAAACCACUGCCCUGCUGGUCGUGGUCUUCACAGUUUGCUGGCUGCCAUCGUAUGCCCUCAUGUUCUCCCGGGUGGGUCAGAGACUCGACCGCACACCUGAAUUUCGCUCAAUAGCUAUGUUCACUCGGCUGCUGGCCACCUCCUCAUCUGUGGUUAACCCGCUGCUCUAUGCCUUUGUUUCCCAGAAAUUCCGCAGGGAACUGCAGCAUCUGACCAGGGCACAUUGCAGGGACUGUGCACACUGGCUUGUUUGUUGUCCAGACCGAGGUAGGGACAUGGUACAGCCCUUUAACCCAGCAGACCUGGACACCCCAACUCCAUAACAGAUGUAUAACAUACGCUGGACAAAAGCAGGCUCCAAUGGUGUGUCAUGAUUAAGGUGAACAAAAAGGAGAACAUCACACUGGAUUCGAAUGAAACAAGUAACAGUGAUUUCAGGAUUUCUAUUGUCAACAAGAACUGUACUACAUAAAUUGUGAUGUAAGAUCUGCAAAUUUCUUUGAUGUAUGAUGUCCAUUUCUUUUUACUUUCUCAACCAUAAAAGAGUUGCUUUCCCUUUUACACAUACUGUUUGGCAAAAGCCCUAACAAUGUGUUAAUGCUCAUUAAUUCAGGUUUGGAAUAUCUAAAACAAUAAAAAAAUUGCAGCUGUUAAUUAGCCCCAUGUCCAGGAUACUG